AGAACGGAAGUAGAGGAAACAUGGAUGUGCAAAGCCAGAACAAAACAUUGGCAGCCAUAUUUGGAUGGGUAGUGUAUAAACUAGAUUUACUUAUUGAUCAGUGCUGUAAAUGGUGACUUACUAGAACCAUCUAGUGCAUUAUGGAUGGCUCUUCAGAGGUGGGACCCAUGCUGCUAGCAGGAGACUCCAUGACCAUGUUGACUAGUCUUCUGAUUCUCAGUGCUACCUUUGCUCUAGGAGAUGCAAAUUCAAUUCUAGAAGAAGACUUGUGUCCUUCCGGUUGGACCAAAUAUGGAUCCCGCUGCUUAAUGUUUGUAAAGACUACAAGGAGCUGGCCUGAAGCGGAGCGGCACUGUGUGUCCCUUGGUGAUAAACUGGUGUCUGUACCCAAUGUUGUGAAGUACCUUGGCGCAAACCUGGCAUCUGUGCACAGCUCCGAGGAGGAUGAGUUUCUACAGGCGUUGGUCUUGGUCAAGACUGUUGGUUUCCCUCCUACCUGGAUUGGCGGAUUUUAUUCUGUUAAGGACAGGCGGUGGUUCUGGAGCGAUGGCUCCGACUUUGAUCACCAGAACUGGGCAAAAGGAAGGCCUGAUGCUGGUGCCAGAGAGGCCUGUAUUCAUAUCAACUUUGGAGGUCAAAAGCGCUGGAACAAUGCUUUAUGUGGAAGGAGCCUGCCCUCGGUGUGCUCCCUGAGACUCCUGCCGCUUCGCCAGACUAUACAUUAAAAGCAGCAAUGCUAUUCCGUAGUGUCUGCAUCCUUAAUACUUCAUGGUAAAGUCAAAUAUUGUUGCUGCUAAAUGAAGUUUCAGUUACUACACAAAUGUUGGAGUUGUCUGCAGCCAAUAAAAUGUGUACACUA